AUAGGUUAAGCUACACAGCUUCUCGUUCAGGUUCCCACAGACGGCGCCAAAAUGUUUGGGCAGCUUCACAAUCCAACACUGUUGAAGCCCUUAGCUGCUCCUACACCUGAAAAUCCCGAGGGUGUUUCCUCGGGGAAAACACUCCAACACUCAAUUGGGGGUAUUUAUAGCCCCUUGGUGCUGACAUACAUCUGCACGUGUGAGCAUCCCAUUGGCCCACGUGCUGCUGGUUACGUGGGUAUGCUUGUAUUGAUGCUCCUUCAGCUUGGGCCAAUGGGUGGUAACCUAGGCCCGUUAUGCACAACCCUGUUUGGGUGUAGGGUCUGUUGGGCCUAUUCCAACAACCACGUUGACAAUUCAAGCUCAUCUCAGAACUCAUCAGUUACUGAUGUUGAUUGGCAGCUUGUAGUACAUAAACACCGUAAACAGGGCACCCGAAGCCAAUUGAAGGAGCUGAAUGGUGCUGCCGAGAUCAGUCCGGUUCAAGGAGUUCAGAAGCAAGAUCAUCCCCAUGAUCUUGUUGACAAUAUGAAGCAGCAUGAAGUCAUCGAUGGUGACAGCAAGUGCGAAGCAACAGAACAGGAAAAGCAAACUCCGGACCGUGUACUGGAAGAUGAGAAAGCAAUUGUAGGAGUUCAGAAGGAGCUGAAUGGUGCUACCGAGAUCAGUCCGGUUCAACGAGUUCAGAGGCAAGAUCAUCCCUAUGGUCUCGUUGACAAUAUGGAGCAGCAAGAAGUCAUCAAUAAUGAUAGCAAGUGCGAAGCAACGGAACAGGAAAAGCAAACUCUGGACCAUGUACUAGAGGAGGAAAACGCCACUGUUGAAGUAGUUCAGAAGGAGCUGAAUAGCACAAACGAGAUCAGUCCAAUUCAAGGAGUUCAGAAGCAAGAUCAUCUGGAGAUCAGUCCGGUUCAAGGAGUUCAGAAGCAAGAUCAUCCCUACGAUUUUGUUGACAUUAUGGAGCAGCAAGAAAUCGUAGAUAAUGAUGGCAAGUGUUUAGCAACAGAACAGGAAAAGCAAACUCUGGACCAUGUACUGGAGGAUGAGAAAGUCAUUGUUGAAGGAGUUCAGCAAGAGCUGAAUGGUGCUACUGAGAUCAUUUGGGUUCAAGGAAUUCAGAAGCAAGAUCAUCCCCAUGAUCUUGUUGACAACAUGGAGCAGCACGAAGUCGUCGAUAAUGAUAGCAGGUGCAAAUCAACCGAACAGGAAGAAAGGAAUGUGGAAAAUGAAACUCUAGACCAAGUACUGGAGGACAAGAAAGCCAUGGUUGAGAAGAAAAAGAAGAGGAACAAGAACUACAAGAACAAGAAGAGAAAGAAUAUGGCAAUGGAGGAACGUCCGACGCACAUCCAUGAUGGUUCCCUUAAGAAAGAGUGCUGGAUAUUUGCAAUUUAUUAUCCUUUAGGGAUAAUGCUUUUAGGUGUUCUGCCAUAGAAGUCAGUUAGGCCAUAGAGGUUUUGGUGCGAUAAGAUUGUGCGAGAAUCAUUUUUUUU